AUGGUAGCAUUACGACGACCUACAGUGAAUUCCAAAGCUUCGAGUACGACGACUGUCAAGUCAUUGUCUGCUAUAUCAUUGACGAAGAAAACGAGUGCAUUAGAAUUGGAUCUUGAAGAGUUAAAACAGAAUUUAGAGCUACAAAGUCAAGAGGUGAAUCAACGAGAUGAAACAUUACAAGAACUUGUGAAUAAGGUAGAUAUGUUACAUGAUGCGUUUACUUCACUCUCUGAUGUUGUCACAUGUGAAGUUGAGGAAAUGCACAAGAAACUUGCAAUUACUUCUUCAAACUUACAAGAUCGUGUGAAUAAGUUGGAACAUUCAUUUCAAGCACUGGAAGCUCAAGUCCAAAAGGAUGAAAAAAUUGUGUUCGAAAAUUGA